CGUAGAAUGAAUACCCUAUUGAAUGUAGCAAGCUGUCAAUUGUUUUUAUAUCGUUAUUGAUGUUAUUUUAAAAUUAAAAUAAACAAAGAUUAAAACAGUUUUCGCGUGAUUUUAGAGUGAUGAACUCAACUUUUGAAAGAGAUCCCAAAAAACGGCGAGUAAAGCCAAUUGAGACUCAAGCCUCAUUAUUGGAUUUUGAUCUUGGAGAAAGUAGUGAUGAUUCCGAUUUUCGUAUAGAAGAUCAUGCUGAACCCAGCGAUGAUGACUUGUCUAUGGAUUCAAGAGAUGGUGGUGAUAGUUCAGAUGAAAAGGAUUCGGAGGAAGAUUCUGAAGAUUCCGAUGCUGAAUCAGUUGAUAACUUGAAGUUGGAUGUACCGCAUGGAGGAACUGGUGGCAGUAAUCAUCGCCUAUCAGUUGCAGAGUUAAUUGAACAAGCUAACAAAAAUACGAAUAAUUUACAAUAUGACGAAAAAGCUGAAAAGAUUUUGAUAUGUUGCGGUUGUUUGGGCGAUCGCAGUGAUGAUGCUAACGAAAUUGUCGAGUGUGAUGGAUGUGGGGUAACUGUACACGAAGGUUGUUAUGGUGUAUCAGAUUCAGCAAGCAUAUCUAGUACUGUAUCAAGCUGUUCAACUGAACCGUGGUUUUGUGAAGCAUGCAGAGCUGGUGUUAUUAAUCCAAUAUGUGAACUUUGUCCAAAUUCAGGUGGAAUUUUUAAAGAAACAGAUGUUGGUAAAUGGGUGCAUUUGGUAUGUGCUUUAUAUGUGCCAGGUGUAGCAUUCGGGGAAGUUGAUCAAUUAACAAGUGUUACAUUAUUCGAAAUGCCGUACAGUAGAUGGGGUGCACGAACUUGUUGUUUAUGUACUGAAGAACGGUUUGCACGUACUGGUGUUUGUAUAGGAUGUGAUGCUGGAAUGUGUCGAACAUAUUUCCAUGUAACGUGUGCCCAACGAGAAGGUUUUUUAUCCGAAGCACAUUCAGAGGAAGUUGAUCAAGCUGAUCCAUUUUAUGCACAUUGUAAAUUACAUUCAGAUAAAACAUUAGUUCGUCGACGUAAACGAAAUUGGUUAGCUUUACAAUUACGUACACAACACCGUAAAAUAAAAUAUGAACAAGAGGGUCAUAGUGAUACUCCAAACCAAUUAAGAAUUCAAAGAAAAUUGGGAAAAUAUCGGCAGAAAUAUUUAGUUUCAAAAUCAACAAAAAUACCACCUUGGGUUCCAACACAAAAAAUGCCACGCUUAUUAACAACUUCAGCAUCAGCUUGUCGUCGAUUAUUGAAAAAGGCUGAAUUAAUGGGUAUUGAUACUGUAGCAUUAGAAAUGCAAGAAGCACAGAUUGCUGCAUUAGUUGAUGUUAGAAAAAAAUGGCAUAUACCACCAGCAUUUAGCGUUGAAUUUAUUGGUUAUUAUUUAGAUAGAAAUUCCAGAUUGUUAACAAUGAAACAGGGUUUAGAAGAAUUGUUGGAUACAAACGCAAAAUUAUUAGAUGAGCAACAAGAAUUACGCGCCAAAUAUGACCAGAUGAUGAAAGCAAGUAGUGAUCAAACUCGCAUUAAUGUAUCAUUAAAGCAAACGGUACAUAAAUUUCAUUCAGCAAUUUUAAGUGCUUGUCCAAAUAAAAGUUUACCAGCUAUUGAUGAAUUAGGACGGCCACCAAUCGCACGUCAUCAGUUGCAUCAACCCAGUACAAUGGCAGUGCCUACAGCUGCAGCACUUAAAAUGGGUGUUGGUUUUCCAUUAAAUAACCGUUCACUUGAUGCUGGACGUGUAUUAAGUAGUCAAGCUUCGCGACAAGACAACCUCAUGUUAAAUAAUGAAUGUGGAAUUUGUCACAAAAGAAAUGAUCAACAUUUAUUAGCAAAAUGUGAUACAUGCCAUCUGUAUUACCACUUAUAUUGUUUAAAUCCACCGCUAACACGUUUACCAAAAAAAUCAAAACUUUAUGGCUGGCAAUGUUCUGAAUGUGAUAAAACAUCCGAUUCGGAACAAGAUAUUAUUGAAACAAAAACACCCCGGCGUAGUAGAACUAGAAACAGUACUAGUAAAGAUGAUACUAAUAAUUAUUCGAUGAUUUCUUCUUCUGAAACGCAAUCACAUCGUAAUUCACGACGAAUGAGUCAAGAUAAUAAUUUUGCAACACCGAUUGUUAAAAUUAAACCAUUAGAACAACCAACGGUUAUCGUAUCGUCGUCAGCCGUAACAAAUUCAAAUACAAUAACAACGACUAAUAAAACGCAACAUAAUUCUAAUUAUUCUUCUACAACAUACUCCACAAAUUCAAUAUCAUCUUCACCUAGUAAUACAACAGCUAGUGGGCACCAUCAUCAAAAUAGUAAUAAUCCUACAAUCAAUGAAUCAUCAACAACUGGUUCUCUAGCAAUGGAUUACCAAGCAUCGUCAACAUUAUAUUUAGAUAAUACACAAUUGUCAUCAAAAUCUGCGAAAAAACGACGAAGAGAAAAACAUCGUUCACGGUAUUCACCAGAUAUGCUGAAUCCAUCGAGAGAGCAUAAAAGAAAACGCAAAAAGAAAAGUUUGGAUAUCGAAAAUCCAAAUGUUGUUCACCCAAGAAUUACAAUUAAGAUAAAAUCAAUACCUUUACAACCUGGUGAGAAAUCUCAAUCAAAACCACAAAUGUUCUAUGUACCAAACGAGAACAAUGAAAUGCCAUCAAACAUCCAACAAAAAAUGAUAACACAUAAUACAUUACGAUCACCACCAAAAGAACAUCAUCAUCAUCAUCAUCAUCACCAUCAUCAUCAGCAGCAACAACAAAUGGUUUUAAAUAGUAGUCCAACAUCUGGUCCAUCACCUGCACGAUCAUCUAGACAUUCUAAUCAAAACUUUUCUUCAUCAACACCUGAUGCUCGAAAUCGAUCCAAUAACAGAUUAAAUACAUCAAACUCAAGUAAUAUUUCUAUAUCGGGAUGUAUAUGUUGUGUUUGUAAUGGCGAUGGAACUCCACAAGAUACUGUGCAGUGCGAUGACUGCAAAAAAAGUUAUCAUUUUACAUGUUUGGAGCCACCAGUUAAGAAAACACCUAAGCGACGCGGUUAUUCAUGGCAUUGUGCUGAUUGUGAUCCAACUGCAUCUGAUACCAAUUAAACUGAUGAAAUCAACGUUAAUUAAAACAAUAAGUUCGUUCAUAAUUUUAAAUAAUGUACUUAUUAUUGAAACAUUUCGAGACAUUUUCUACAUAUUGGUGACAAAACAUAGAAAGUUUGGAUUUAAAUUAAAAUAAUUACAAUAUUUGAAAAA